CCCCCAUACUCACAUUGUCUGCAGCAGGACCUUCACAGCUGCACAGUUUGCUCAGGCAAGAUGAGACUUUCAGCCGCCCUGAUACUCGUCUCUGUGGUGUUGACCGGGGGGGUGACCAUUAAGACCAUGGUGUUCCCCUCUGAGACGGCGACCAGUUAUGUGGAGAUGGUCCCCCAGAAGCCCCUCAACAUGAAUGCCUUCACUCUGUGCAUGCGCGUGGCCACGGAGCUCAGCGGAGAGCGUGAGGUCAUCCUGUUUGCCUACCGGACCGGAGACUUUGACGAGCUGAAUGUGUGGCGUGAGCUGGACGGCAGGUAGACACAACUCAUUACUCAUUACUGCUACAA